GCAGAAGGCCGGACCAGGCCGCCCUGCAAGGAGGGAGUUACGUCGUUACGCGGUGACGUCAUUGACGGAAGCUCAGGCGGCACCUCUGGAUUGAGGCUGUGGGUCACCCUUGGAGAGGUAUAUGAAGAUUCUUAUCCUAGUUUGAUUGGCUUCUUUUUUCACCAUGGGUGAACUCUUCCGAAGUGAGGAAAUGACCCUUGCACAACUUUUCCUGCAGUCUGAAGCAGCAUACUGCUGUGUCAGUGAAUUGGGAGAACUUGGGAAGGUCCAGUUUCGAGAUCUAAACCCUGAUGUGAAUGUGUUCCAACGUAAAUUUGUUAACGAAGUCCGAAGAUGUGAAGAGAUGGACAGGAAGCUCAGAUUUGUGGAAAAAGAAAUUAAGAAGGCUAACAUUCCCCUCACAGACACUGGAGAGAAUCCAGAAGUGCCAUUUCCUCGAGACAUGAUUGAUUUGGAGGCAAACUUUGAGAAAAUUGAGAAUGAGCUAAAGGAGAUCAACACCAAUCAGGAAGCCCUGAAAAGGAAUUUCCUAGAGCUAACAGAGUUGAAAUUCAUACUUCGAAAAACUCAACAAUUUUUUGAUGAGGCUGAAUUGCAUCAUCAGCAGAUGGCGGAUCCUGAGUUGUUGGAGGAGUCCUCAUCGCUGUUGGAACCAAGUGAAAUAGGAAGAGGAGCCCCACUGCGAUUGGGAUUUGUGGCUGGAGUGAUCAGCCGUGAGCGAAUCCCGACCUUUGAGCGGAUGCUAUGGAGGGUGUGUCGUGGAAAUGUUUUCUUACGGCAAGCUGAAAUUGAAAACCCUCUAGAGGACCCAGUAACGGGUGACUAUGUGCACAAGUCUGUGUUCAUUAUUUUUUUCCAAGGUGACCAGCUGAAAACCAGAGUCAAGAAGAUUUGUGAAGGAUUCCGGGCUUCUUUGUACCCCUGUCCAGAAACUCCACAGGAAAGGAAGGAAAUGGCUGCUGGAGUCAACACAAGGAUUGAUGAUCUUCUGAUGGUUUUGAACCAAACUGAAGAUCACCGUCAGAGGGUUCUUCAGGCUGCUGCAAAGAAUGUCCGUGUUUGGUUCAUAAAAGUGCGCAAGAUGAAAGCCAUUUACCAUACUCUGAACCUCUGCAAUAUUGAUGUGACCCAGAAAUGCCUCAUUGCUGAAGUCUGGUGUCCUGUUGCUGACCUUGAUUCCAUUCAGUUUGCUCUCAGGCGUGGCACGGAGCAUAGUGGAUCCACUGUCCCCUCUAUCCUGAAUAGGAUGCAGACCAACCAGACUCCACCUACAUACAAUAAGACCAACAAAUUCACUGAUGGGUUUCAAAAUAUUGUAGAUGCUUAUGGCAUUGGAACCUAUCGUGAGAUAAAUCCAGCUCCAUAUACAAUCAUAACCUUCCCAUUCUUAUUUGCUGUGAUGUUUGGAGAUUUUGGACAUGGCAUUCUUAUGACACUUUUUGCUGUCUGGAUGGUGAUCAGAGAGAGCCGCAUUCUGUCACAAAAGAGUGAUAAUGAGAUAUUCAACAUUAUUUUCAGUGGCCGUUACAUUAUACUGUUGAUGGGUUCUUUCUCCAUUUAUACUGGCCUGAUCUAUAAUGACUGUUUCUCAAAGUCACUCAAUAUGUUUGGCUCAUCCUGGAGUGUCCGGCCAAUGUUUCAGAAAUCCAACUGGACUGAAGAUCUUCUCCGGGAGUAUCCUAUGCUUCAGCUUAAUCCUGCCAUUGAUGGUGUCUUUGGUGGAGCAUAUCCCUUUGGCAUUGAUCCAAUCUGGAAUAUUGCUACCAACAAGCUGACGUUCCUUAACUCCUUCAAAAUGAAGAUGUCAGUAAUUUUGGGCAUCAUCCACAUGAUGUUUGGUGUCACCCUUAGUCUACUGAACCAUAUUUAUUUUAAGAAACCUCUGAACAUCUUCCUUGGCUUUAUUCCUGAAAUUAUCUUCAUGUCUUCAUUGUUUGGAUAUUUGAUCAUCCUUAUCCUCUAUAAGUGGGCAGCAUACAAUGCUAAGAACUCCAUGCAUGCACCAAGUCUUCUUAUCCACCUCAUCAACAUGUUCCUCUUCUCCUAUGAAAAAAAUGCCCAAAUGCUUUAUAGCGGGCAGAAAGGUAUUCAGUGUUUCCUGGUCGUAGUAGCAUUUCUGUGUAUCCCAUGGAUGCUGAUUGCUAAACCCUUGGUUCUUCGCAAACAGUAUUUGCAAAGAAAGCAUUUGGGAACAAUCAAUUUUGGUGGGAUUCGUGUAGGCAAUGGGCCAACUGAGGAAGAUGCCGAAAUAAUCCAGCAUGAUCAACUCUCCACCCAUUCUGAGGAGGGUGAAGAGUUUAAUUUUGGAGAUACCCUUAUCAAUCAGUCUAUCCAUACCAUUGAAUAUUGCUUAGGAUGCAUCUCCAAUACAGCCUCAUACCUGCGGCUCUGGGCACUCAGUCUGGCUCAUGCACAGCUUUCUGAAGUCCUCUGGACCAUGGUGAUUCACUUGGGUCUCAGUAUCAAUAAUCUGGCUGGUGGUCUGGCCUUGUUCUUUUUAUUUGCUAUCUUUGCUACCCUAACAGUAGCCAUCUUAUUAGUUAUGGAAGGUCUUUCAGCUUUCCUGCAUGCCCUCCGUUUGCACUGGGUGGAAUUCCAGAAUAAAUUCUACAUGGGUACCGGGUUCAAGUUUCUUCCAUUCUCAUUUGACAGUAUCCGUGAUGGAAAAUUUGAUGAAUAAUCAUCUUAGAGACAUAAUGCCUGGAAGUGUGGCACUAAAUCCAGAUCUUUACCUGCAUGUGCGCAUACAUAUAUAUGUCUUCCUAAAUGAUAAUCUGAUGUGUAGUUUUCCAUUGUGUUCAUAAUAUCCUAGUGAUAAUAAUUUUAUAUUUCAUUUAAAGUUUUUAUUGAAGGAAAAAAAAUCCUAAGAGGAUACUCAGAAUUUCAGGGGUGGGGGGAUUGCUAGCAAAAUUAAACUGUACUUUUGGCAAGUCUUGGUUUUAUAAUAUAAGUGCUGUCAGAGGAAUGUUUGUGAUUAUGGAGGACGAUAUCCAGGUGGUCUGUAGUUGUCUUGUUCCCCAAAGCCAUGGCAGCUAAAAGAGAAAAAUCCACGUUUCUAGUCCUAUAAAUUGCUUCAGAUUUGGGGAAACACCUAUAUUGCAUACAUUUGUUUUGAUGACUUGAUGAUUAAAGGGGGCUCAGUUAUUCAUCCAUGCAAUGUAUACGCUUUCCAUUCAGAUUUUCAAAAGAACAUUUAUAUUUCCUACAGAUUGGUAUAAAGGUUGCAAUCCAAAAACAGUCUCAUUUACAAUAGCCUCCUCCUGCAUUUUUUUCUCAGUUAAAUCACAAACUAAAGGGAUGACAGUGCACCAGAAAGUCCCUUCACUAUCAUGACAGACAUUUUAAGUGUUUGUCCCUGCACAGGAUUUUUUCCAUAUUUUAAAUGUAAUUUUAAAGCUGGAAACCUUUUUUUUUUUGGUAAUAUUUGAAGUGUAAUCUAGAAAAUGUAAGUGGAAAACAAAUUGCUUUUUGCCCCCCCCCCCAAAAAAAAACACCCCCAAACCUUUGCAUCUUGCCAUUAUCAGAAAUUUCUUUUCCCUAGAUGAAAAGAGCAAGUGGAGGAGCAAAUUACUUGUUUACCCUGUUAUAGCUGGCUUCUGUUUGCUCCACAUGAUUAAUUAAUAAGGAAAUUUAAUAACACUGGUUAAAAUCUGAACUGCUUGUUUUGUUCAAAGAAAACUCAGAAUCUUUCACUUCCGUUCUCACAUGAGCUUGACACCUAUUACUGCUGUAGGGAAAAACUUGGCUUCUCUUGACAUGUCUACAGCUGAACAGUUCAAGAGAGUGUGGUAACUUGACAGCAGGCAAUAGCAGCAGUAUAUAUGUUUUUAGGACACAUUCUCCUUUAAAAUAGGAAUAGCUUGAGGGUAACACCUGUCUUUGGUUUGUGUGUGUUUAGAUGCAGGAAUAAAUCUAGCAUUGUAUGCCUCUGUAAAUUUAUGCUGUGAGUGUCGUGCUGUGGUGUGUUAGAUAAAUGUGCACUUUUCUGAAAGUGUUUCACAUGAAGUCUUCUGGGCCCUUUAUUGGUACUUAAAGAAUGAGCCUUGAUGUGCUAACUUUACAAGAGGGUGCAAAAACAACACUUUUUAAUGGAAACUGUGAAAUUAUAGCUGUUGCUGUUGUGUAAAAUGCAAAAAAAAACCUGUUUUGACCACUAUAAUAUGCAGUAAAGUUUUUUCCUAUUUUUCUCAUCAGCUAAUUGCUGUUAUCUAUUAAAGCAGUUGAAGUCA